AUGGCGAAUAUCUUUGCCGUGGUGCUGGCAGCGUCCUCAAGCUUUAUGGUCGGUGGGCUCUGGUACUCUCCGGCCAUGUUCCUCACGCCCUGGCUGCAGGCGAUGGGAGACAGGCGGCAGGCAGGAGGCGGACACUCAUCAGGCACCUUCGCCGCCGCCUUUGCCUUUUCACUGAUCUCUGCCCUCGUGCUUUCCAACCUCAUCGGCCCGAAGCCCACCCUCUCCCACGCACUGGGGCUCAGCCUGAAAGUGGGUUUGGGGUUGGUGGCCACGAGCUUCGGCAUCAACUACCAGUUCGCGGCUCGGCCUGUCACUGCGCUGCUCAUUGACGGUGGCUACCACACGGUGCAGUUCCUCCUGUUUGGUCUCGUCCUGGGGCUGUGGCACUGA